CAGAGAUAUAGCUAGAUGCUGCUCGGCCAUUCAUUCCUGAACAACUGAGCAUUAAACGUCCAACAAUUUUGUACUCGUCAAUUUUACUGUGUUUUUUACUUUUGCCACCAUCGAAGAAAUUUUGUCAUGGACGCGCAUCAUGAAACAAGCCGCAUAGACGGCAGAUUAACUGAUCAGGAGGACAACACUGAUAUUGCGUUGCCAAUGGAGGUGAUCCCGAAUACUACCUGCACAAAUCUCGUCCAAUUGAAUGACUUUUGUCUUCUAGAAAUAUUUUCAAAGAAUUGCUUAACUCCGCUGGACUUGUGCUCUCUGGCAGAGACUUGUACAGGUUUCAAGCGAAUCACUCAGGCCGUCUUUCCGAGGGAAUUCAAGAUUGUUGUUGGACCUAAAUGUGACUACUACACACGCGAAUAUAAAUUCCAGUCGAAAAACUAUUCGAGAGAUCAUAUAUCCCAGGAAGAUGUCAAACGAAUUUUAACGAAUUUCGGAUCAUUUCUUUCCAUACUUACAAUGCACGACAGUGAUCCAAUUGUAACGAAUUUGGUAGCAAAGCAUUGCGAUGACGGUUCGUUAAAGCGAAUCGAAAUCUUUGCGAUACGGAUAAUUGAAGAUCUCAGAGUUGAAUUUGAAAAAAUCUUUCAACGACUAAUGGCAAUUUCAUUCCAUGGGGUGUACACGGAGCAUCGAUUUGGUGUUGCAGAUAUACAAUUUAAAUGUGAUUCAUUGUUGGAAUUGGAAGUCGUGUAUAUGGACUGUUGCAAUGCAAUUCUGAAAAAUACUUUCCCAAAAUUGGAACGAUUCUGUUUUAAGCAGUCCAACGAUGAGGGAAGUGAUACGUUGUUGAAGUUUAUUGGACGGCAUAAGCACCUUAGAGCACUCGAAUGGCAUACUGGUUUUUCGAUAAGCUUUCGCGAUGAUUUUGCGCGUGCAAUCGGCAACAGUUGCAAGGAACUGGAGGAAUUGACUUUGAGAAGUUGUCAAAAUGACAAAACACUCGACCUCUCCAAACUGCACAACCUAACCAAAUUAAGGAUGUUGGAUUUUGAAAUUUUCUCGGAUGUUAACAACCAAUUAGUUACACUAUUGCAAGCAUUAAAGUCGUUAGAAAUUGUGAAAAUAUCAAAUAUGGAUGUGAAAGCCGAAGUGGUUGAUGCUCUGUCGCAACUGCAACAUUUGUAUGAACUGCACUUGAUCGGCUGCUCAUUUUCUUCCAUUCCAUGGCCGAUGUUUCCUCGUCUAACAAAGCUACGUCUAAUCAAUCAUGCAUUUACUACGAAGGAAUUUGUCAACAUAAUCUCUCAGCUGACAAAUUUAGAGGAACUGGAAAUUUAUGACUGGGACUCAAAUUAUUUAUUGAGCGAAAAACUGUACUCGAAAAUUGGUAAAAUUGUUGAUCAAAGACCAAAUGAACUGACACUGAAGUGUAGAUUUAGGUUUGGAGAGAACUUCUUGAAAUAUCAAAAAAUUAAAUUAAUAAAAUUGAAUUAGUGAAUUGAAA